AUGGCUUCAGGCUCCAGCUAUGUUCAGCAGACUCUGCUGAUCAGAGCAGAUGCUCCUGAGGAUUGGAGGCCUGAUGUGAACCAGCAGGACCCAGAACACCUCCACAUAAAGAAGGAAGAGGAGGAACUCUGGACCCAAUUGGAGGGAGAGCAGCUCAGUGUGAAGGAGGAGACUGAUGUCAGCAGGUUUUCAUUUACUGCAGUUCAUGUGAAGAGUGAGGAUGAUGAAGAGAAGCCUCUGUUCUCACAGCUUCAUCAGCACCAAAUGGAGGACAGAGAUGUUCCAACCAGCAGCUCAGCUGACCAGAUGAAAGUAGAAGCUGAUGGAGAGGACUGUGGAGGAGCAGAAACCAGCAUGAACUCAGAUCUAAAUCCUCAUGGAGAUGCUUCCAGCUCUUCAGAGACUGAAGUCAGUGAGGAUGAUGAAGAGGACGAGGAUGGGAACAAUGCUGACUCUCAGCUGGAACACUUGUCAGACACUGGGUCAACAACUGAAGACAGUGACAAAGACUGGAAGGAGAGCAGAGCUCCUGAGUCAGCUGUAAACUCUGUCAACAAAUGUUUCAGCUGCUCUGAGUGCGGUAAACAAUUUCUGCACAACCGGUCACUUCAGAGACACUUGACAUGUCAUUCAACAGAAGGACAUUCAAGCUGUUUGUGUCAGAAUGAAAGGGGCCAACAGAAGAAAAAGGUUGAGACACAUGGGACAAUCCAGACAAGACUGAAAUCAUUUAUUUGUGAUGAAUGUGGUAAAAGAUUUAUCAGAAAUGCAACUUUAAACAGACACUUGAGAACCCACACAGGAGCAAAACCAUUUGAAUGUAAGGAUUGUGGACAAAGUUUUAGUCAUAAGUCAAGUGUAAACAGACACAUGAGAAUCCACACUGGAGAGAAACCUUUUGAAUGUAAGCAUUGUGGAAAAAGAUUGAAAGAAAAAGACUAUUUAAAAAAACACAUGAGAACCCACACAGGACAGAAACCUUUUGUGUGUGAGGAUUGUGGAAAUAGAUUUAGCCAUAAGCACCAUUUAAUUGCACACAUGAGAGUCCACACUCGACAGAAACUGUUUGUAUGUGAGGACUGUGGACAAAAAUUUAGAAGUAUGAAAACUUUAAUUAGACACAGGAGAGUCCACACAGGAGAAAUGCCAUUUGUAUGUAAGGACUGUGGACAAAAAUUUAUCUGGAAGUCUUAUUUAAACAACCACAUGAGAGUCCACACUGGAGAGAAUCCUUUUGUAUGUGAAGACUGUGGACAAAGGUUUAGUCAUAAAAGUAAUUUAAAUGCACACACGAGAGUCCACACUGGUCAGAAACCAUUUAAAUGUGAGGACUGUGGACAAAGAUUUAGUCGCAAGAGUAAUUUAAAGAGUCACAUGAGAGUCCACACUGGUCAAAAACCAUUUAAAUGUGAGGACUGUGGACAAAGAUUUAGUUGCAAGAGUAAUUUAAAGAGUCACAUAAGAGUCCACACAGAACAGAAACUAUUUUUGUGUGAGGACUGUGGACAGAGGUUUCGCCAUAAGCAGGUUUUAAAACGACACGCAAAGGUCCACAUGAAACAACGUUCUCUGCAGUGACUGAGGUCAAAGUUUUGGACUUCAGCCUGCUCUUUAAC